CAUCGAUUCAACAAAUAUGCUUUGUGCCAGGGGUACAAGAGGAUUUUUAAAAGCCUCUGGAGAAGGCUGCAGGAGAAAUGGUAUCAUUAGGGAACAGUCAAGUUUCUGUGAAGACAAGCAGGUGAAGAGAAGCUUCAGAGAAGAGAUUGAAGUUGUAGAUUGUUGUUACUGGACCCAAAAGAUGACAUCUAUUAUCAAAUUAACUACCCUCUCUGGGGUCCAAGAAGAGUCUGCCCUUUGCUAUCUUCUCCAAGUCGAUGAGUUUAGAUUUUUAUUGGACUGUGGCUGGGAUGAGCACUUUUCUAUGGAUAUUAUAGAUUCCCUGAGGAAGCAUGUUCACCAGAUCGAUGCAGUGUUAUUGUCCCACCCCGAUCCUCUCCAUCUUGGUGCCCUUCCAUAUGCUGUCGGAAAGUUGGGUCUGAACUGUGCUAUCUAUGCAACCAUUCCUGUUUAUAAAAUGGGACAGAUGUUCAUGUAUGAUCUUUAUCAGUCUCGCCACAAUACAGAAGAUUUUACACUCUUUACCUUGGAUGAUGUGGAUGCAGCCUUUGAUAAAAUACAGCAGCUAAAAUUCUCUCAGAUUGUGAAUUUGAAAGGUAAAGGACAUGGCUUGUCUAUCACACCUCUGCCAGCUGGUCAUAUGAUAGGUGGAACAAUAUGGAAAAUAGUCAAAGAUGGAGAAGAAGAAAUUGUUUAUGCAGUUGACUUCAACCACAAGAGGGAGAUCCACUUAAAUGGAUGUUCCCUGGAAAUGCUAAGCAGACCCUCCCUGCUUAUCACAGAUUCAUUUAAUGCUACAUAUGUGCAGCCUAGAAGAAAACAGAGAGAUGAGCAACUUCUGACAAAUGUCCUGGAAACACUUCGAGGUGAUGGAAAUGUAUUAAUAGCAGUGGACACUGCAGGCAGAGUUUUGGAACUUGCUCAACUUCUUGAUCAGAUUUGGAGAACUAAAGAUGCAGGAUUGGGUGUUUACUCAUUGGCACUCCUAAAUAAUGUCAGUUAUAAUGUGGUGGAGUUUUCUAAGUCUCAGGUAGAAUGGAUGAGUGAUAAAUUGAUGAGAUGUUUUGAAGACAAAAGAAAUAAUCCAUUUCAGUUUCGCCAUCUCUCUUUAUGCCAUGGUCUUUCUGACUUGGCUCGAGUACCUAGCCCCAAAGUUGUACUUGCCAGCCAACCUGACCUGGAAUGUGGAUUUUCAAGGGAUCUCUUUAUUCAGUGGUGUCAGGACCCUAAAAACUCAGUCAUUCUAACUUACAGAACUACUCCUGGGACUUUAGCACGUUUCCUAAUUGAUAAUCCUUCUGAAAAAAUUACAGAAAUAGAGUCUCCAGAUCUCUACCUCAGAGACUUAUUAUUUAGACCAGAGGAUUUCUUAGUGCCAGAACUUCAAGCUACUGAAGAAGAAAAAAGCAAAUUAGAAUCUGGUUUGACAAACGGAGAUGAACCCAUGGAUCAGGAUUUAUCUGAUGUUCCUACGAAGUGUAUUUCUACAACAGAAUCUAUUGAAAUAAAAGCCAGGGUUACUUACAUAGACUAUGAAGGACGCUCUGAUGGGGAUUCCAUUAAAAAAAUCAUUAAUCAAAUGAAACCACGACAGCUGAUCAUUGUCCAUGGCCCACCAGAGGCCAGUCAAGAUCUGGCAGAGUGCUGCCGCGCGUUUGGUGGGAAAGAUAUUAAAGUGUACAUGCCAAAGCUCCAUGAGACAGUUGAUGCCACUAGUGAAACGCACAUCUACCAGGUGAGAUUAAAAGACUCGCUUGUCAGCUCCCUUCAGUUUUGUAAAGCAAAAGAUGCUGAAUUAGCUUGGAUAGAUGGUGUCUUAGACAUGAGAGUUUCCAAAGUAGACACAGGAGUUAUUUUAGAAGAAGGAGAACUGAAGGAUGAUGGAGAAGACUCAGAAAUGCAAGUGGACGCUCCUUCAGAUUCUAGCGUUAUAGCGCAGCAAAAGGCCAUGAAAAGUCUGUUUGGAGAUGAUGAGAAGGAAACGGGUGAAGAGAGUGAGAUCAUUCCUACACUGGAACCCUUGCCACCUCAUGAGGUUCCUGGACAUCAGUCAGUUUUUAUGAAUGAACCAAGACUAUCAGACUUCAAACAAGUUCUUUUACGGGAGGGGAUUCAAGCUGAAUUUGUAGGAGGUGUACUUGUUUGCAACAAUCAAGUAGCAGUCCGUAGAACGGAAACUGGACGCAUCGGAUUAGAAGGCUGCCUUUGUCAAGAUUUUUAUAGGAUAAGAGACCUUUUAUAUGAACAGUAUGCCAUUGUGUAAAGGACAUGGUGUCAAAAAAUAUCUGCUUGACCUUUCUAAGAAAGAAGGAUUCUUAUAUUCUAAGCUUUUGCUCUUUUGUUUUAUAACAUACAAAAGGAAUUGCCAGAAAAACUUACAUGUAUUAGAUUUUUUAAAAUGUAAAUAGAGACCAUUUUGCUAAUGUUCAAAUGAGCAUUCUACCUUUCAGCUUUCAGAGUGAUAGAGGUCCUACCAAGUGUACAGGCCUGAGAAUUGAAGGUGAUUGGUUUCCUUUACAGACUCAUUAUUCUCGAAGGGCUUUAUACUUAAGAAAACAAUGCAACUUAGCAAACCAGUUCAUGGCCUUAGAGAAACAUGUUUGCAUGAGUUCUUGCAGACUGUUUCUUAUAUUUUCUAGAAUGAAAAGUGGGAAUAAUUUAGAAAAGAUGUGCUACAAAAAAAAAUGAUAGAACAGUUUUUUGAAACUUAUGUAUUUAAACAACAAAAAUAAAGGUACAUGCUAUGCCUCUUCUUUUGAACUCUAA